UCAGGAUCUCCUGCCCACCGGGAGAGGCUUGUCUGAAGAGCCUCGGGAGUUUGUAUUUCUCUUCUCGGCCACUGCGCCGGCGGCCAUUCCUUUGCAUUUCUUAAGGGAGAAAACUCGGCAAAGAGGGGGUAGGAAGAAAGGUAGUAGAGAAGAGGGAGAAAGUUGAUUGACUUGCAGAGAGGUGAAGCUUUCCUGUGGCUCCCGCUGCAUUUCGCCCUGGAGACCUUCAGCCCACGCGGAGGUGGAGGAUGGAGCCAGAGCUCCCGCCCGAGCUCGCAGCAGUGCCCCUCGGGGAGAACGGGAGCGUCCGCCUGGUGCCCGACACAGCCCUGCUGUCCCCGGGGAGAGGCACGGCCAUGUUCAUCAUCCGCUGCGUGAUCCCUUCCCUUUACCUGCUCAUCAUCACCGUCGGCUUGCUGGGCAACAUCACCCUCAUGAAGAUCUUCAUUUCCAACAGUGCCAUGAGAAGUGUGCCCAACAUCUUCAUCUCCAGUCUCGCUGCUGGUGACCUGCUCCUGCUAGUGACCUGUGUGCCUGUGGACGCCUCCCGGUAUUUCUCUGAAGAGUGGCUCUUUGGGGAAGUGGGCUGCAAGCUCAUCCCUGUCAUCCAGCUGACCUCCGUCGGUGUGUCUGUCUUCACCCUCACCGCCCUCAGUGCUGACAGGUACAAAGCAAUUGUAAAUCCCAUGGACAUCCAGACCUCCAGUGCAGUGCUAUGGACUUGCCUUAAAGCCACUGCCAUCUGGGUAAUCUCCAUGCUCCUAGCAGUUCCUGAAGCAGUGUUCUCUGAACUGGCUCACAUCAACGACACAGAUAAUGCCACUUUCACAGCGUGCAUACCAUACCCCAUGUCAGAUGACAUGCACCCAAAGAUCCAUUCUGUGCUGCUCUUCCUUGUGUAUUUCCUUAUCCCUCUUGUAAUUAUCAGUAUCUACUACUAUCAUAUUGCAAAGAGUUUAAUAAAAAGUGCUCAUAACAUCCCCGGGGAACACAGUGAGCAUUCCAAAAGACAGAUGGAAACUCGGAAGCGUCUGGCAAAAAUUGUUUUAGUUUUUGUUGGCUUCUUUGCUAUCUGCUGGUUUCCUAACCAUGUGCUAUACAUGUAUAGAUCUUUUCAUUACAAUAAGAUUGAUCCAUCAAUGGGACAUAUGGUUGUUACCUUAGUGGCCCGAGUGCUAAGCUUCUGCAACUCUUGUGUCAACCCAUUUGCACUGUAUUUUCUCAGUGAGAGUUUUAGAAGACAUUUCAACAACCAGCUUCGCUGCAGGAAGAAAGCUCAGAAAGAGAGAUCUGCCAGCUACUUGUGCAACUCUUCUGCCAUUCAAAUGACUUCCCUGAAAAGCAAUACCAGGAACACAGUAACUACCAUGACACAACUGAAUGGGCACAACUUGAAACAAGAAAUGUCAUUAUGA